AUGAAUACUUCCUUGCUGGUCAUUUUCUUGAUAAUCCGCAGAUUUCUAACCUUUUUUAUGAAACCAUUUACCAAACCAAUUGAAGAGGAAAAAGGGGAACCUCCGAUUAAAAAAUUGUCCCCCGAAAUUCUUGGCGUCAUUUUUUCAAAGGUAAGUUUUCAAAACAUUUUUUUUCUAUUUCUAAUUAUAUGUUUUUCUUCAGAUGGAAUACGAGGAUGUUCAAAAAUUCAAAAACUUGUCAAAGUUUCUAUCGAAUGCUCAUAAAUCAAAACGUCGAAUUAUUGUUGGUCCAACAUGUGAGGCUAAUGUGUAUUACAAUAAGAACAAGGAACUCCGAUUACAAAUAACAAUUAUGGUAACAGUUCCGUGGAUAAGAAUACUUCCUUUUAAAAGAACAAUUGCACAGACAAGAACUAUUCCAUUUGAUCAAUGGAAUUAUUACUUCGAAAAUGCAAAAUGCAAAAAACUCAACAUAACCGUAGAAGAAGGAGAAAUUCCAUUGGAAAUUUUGAAAGAAAUUUUGUGCUGUAAAUCGAUCGAAAUUUUAUCUUAUUCUGGAAAAUCAAUCAAUCAGAUGACUAUUGACUUUUUUGCUGCAUAUAAACCUCGAAGUUUUGAGAUUGUUCUGAAUGAUUGGAGUUUGAAAAUACUGGAUAGUGCCAAGCAUACACUCGUUAUGAUCGAAUGUCUUACAAAUAUUGAUGAUGUUGUUGAAGCAUUGAAAUUCACUUAUGAUUCGAUAAUUAAUUUGAAACCGAAAAUUUAUGAAAAAAUGAACAUUCUUUAA